GAUAACGGACCAGAACUUGGAUCCGUCAAAAUGAACAGCUGGAUCCUCGCCUGGGGAUUCGCUCUGCUUUCUGGCACGAUGGAUUGUGAUCUCAUCACAGAUAAUAACAACAUCCUCAACUCCUCUAACGAAGUGGAAGUUACUGACUACACAGGGGUUCCUCUCCCUGUCCGACAGGAUCAACCUAUCGCUAUUGUUAUUAAGAUCACUGGAUUAAAUGUCACCAUGACAACGGCGUGUAGUUGGACGCUGCAUGACAUAACCACUCAUUGCGUUAUAAAACAACCCCGUUUCUUUAAUAUGAUUAUUACUGAAAUUAAUUUAACAAAGGAGUUCUGGUACCUCCCUUAUGGUGUGCACAGCCUCUUUGUUCACACCGAUAUCCAUUUGGAUCAGAAAGAUCAAAACACGAGGAUUCUCUUGCACUACGAGAACGUGACCGACGUACAGGAGACAGCGACGAUAUUUCCAAUAACUAUCACCCAGUUAAAUGCUACUGUCAACGUUGGGAGCCAUCAGCGAGAUGAAUGGGCCCUGCCCCAUUCGUUCUGUGACGGUCAGUCUGUACAACUGAAUUUUACCUCAGGAGCAUUCACGUUGUAUUCCUCAAACGGGGUAAAAACUGUAAUCAGUAAGUAUUCAAAGACCUCCAUCACCUUAUCACAAAUUCCCCGAAGGAAUAGCAUCUUUCCCGCUGUUGAAGUUUACACCCCAAACGACACACAACGCAAUGUUUCUGUUGAGUUUUUCGUAUUUUCAAACGUCGAGGAUGACAUCCAGCUGAGUGUUAAAUAUGAUGAUGACACUCCAGGAGAAAGUUUCAAAGUUAUAUCAAAGAGCAGAAUAAUUUCGCAUACGUAUUUGAAAAAAGGAAACAUCACUGUUCAUUUUAACGCCUUUUAUAAGGACUUGCAGAUUUUAAAUAUAAGUCGCUCUGUUAUGGUAUUGGAUCAUUAUUGCUUCCAGCCUUCACCGAUGUUCAGCAUUAACAAUUCAGUCCGCUCUAAUCCCCUCACAGUGUUCAUGUCCACUGAUCUAGUUAUCAAAAGCAGGAAACAAAUCUAUCCCCACCCGAAAGGCUGUGGUAAUGAUUCUCUAGGUCGGGUGUCCUAUUUCUGGGAUGUUACAAAUGUCAAGACAGGAAGGAGAGUAACAUCAACACUAGUCCAGCUAACCCUUUCUUCGAGAACACCGGGACUGUUCAAAGUGUCAUUGAAAAUGAAAGUGGGACAAUUUACGACCAGUGGGAUCCUGUAUGUCAAGAUCAUAUUGGAACCAGAAGCAAAGUUCCAUAAUAAUUUAUUAUUUCGUUCACUUCCACUUAGAAAUAACUCAAGAAUCACGUCUCUUGCCGAUAUCUUGCCUGUCUAUGAUCAAAAUAUUACAACUUGUUGGAACUCAAAAUUGCUUUCAGCAGACCUCUGGGGUCAACCAGAAAUGAAAAACUUUUCGGUCACAAAUCUCACAAAUGCAUCUUUUAUACAAGACUCUUAUGAACUUAGGAGUGAACUGGGCGUAUUCGAAAUUGCACUGGGUGUUUUCAACGACCUAAACAACGUAGAAUUUCUAUUCCAAUUCCUUCAUCUAUAUCUGGAUGUGAACAAUACUCGAUGCACCACACAGAUUUACUGUUUAGACAACUGUAAGCCAAGAGCCAGUUUAUCAAGGAAGUUCAUCGCCAAAGUCUCAGCCAACUGUUCUUCUCAAGUAGAAUUCUAUGGAAUUGUGGAGAAUUUAUAUUUUUUUCAGCAUCAUGAGAAAGCUCUGCCAACAUCUAGUAGAAGCGUACACUUUGAAAAAGAUACGAUUACUGUCGACACGAGUGAUCUUUUACCAGGGACAUCGUACAUUGUAUAUGUGGAGAGAAAAACGUCUCAACAUUUUGAACAACCGAUCCCAUGGUUAUUCUCUCUUCAUACUAACACUCCACCAAACAAUGGUCAGUGUGAGAUCAAACCAAAGAAAGGCUUGGUGCUUCAGACAGAGUUUUCUGUAGAGUGUUGGGGUUGGAUAGCAGGGGAGAACUACACCACAUGGGAUCUAGAAACCACCGUGCCAUUGGUUUACUCUAUCUGGUACCGCACGGCUGAUGUUGGCCAAGUGUUGAUUUAUCAGGGAUAUGAGUCUUCCUCUCCACCGUUUGUUUUACCCGCGGGUCCUUCUUCCAAUAACCACACGGUCCAGAUUACAAUAGAAGUUAGAGACAGGUUCGGUGAUUCCAGUGAACAGACGCUCUCAGUAUCUGUCAAGGAAAAACAUGAAGAGAAUAAUAUUGAAGAAAAUCUUGAAUCUCUUCUUAAAAAUCUUAAUCACCUACGUGCAAAGUUCCAAUAUACGCAGCAACCCGAGAGUCAGAUUCACAUCAUCAAAAUAACAGCCAACGAGAUCAGCAAAAUUCUGACCAACGAUUCUUAUGAAAGUAUGGAUUUGAAAGAACUUUUAUCUGCUGAUUUUUCUGAAAUAAUAACAGCAAUGAAUAACUCAGAAUCGCAUAUUUUACAGCGUCUUAGACAGACUAUUAAUAUUCUUACCAAUUAUACACUGAAUUGGUUUACUAACUCCUUCCUCAAAUACCUCGCCCCUGGAAAAGGUGUCUAUUCUGAAAAGGAGGCCUGCCACUUGACGACUUUGUCUCUCUUCACCAUUGAGGCGUGCACACGUCACCCUGAUAGAAUGACUCCCGAAUCAUUGGAAAAUGUUGUGAAAACACUCAAUGUGUCACUUACGAACCAACUACUGGAGGCAGUUUUCAACGAUGCAUCGAAAUACAGACAAGCUAUUGAUAGUUUUACAAAAAUUAUUAACAACGUAUACACUGGAAUCUAUAGUCACUACUUCGCUGAAACAGAUGAAUUAAUGAUGAAAGAUUAUAUGGAACGAUGGGUGACUGCAAAUGAUUCAACAACAAUGGAAAAAGUGCGGUUGGUGCAAGAGUUUGUGUCUUCAGAAAAAAACCAAACAGCCCUUAAUAUGCAGGUGUUGUCUGCGUCUUCAGUCGUUUUAAUGACGUCCAUAGAAAUGAUAGAAAAGGUGCUCAAAGCCAUGAUGACUGAAACCACGCUAUCUGUAAACCAUUCAUUCAUGUCAAUGACAAUGACGAGAAUUAAUUCCCUACCAUUGAAAAAAUACCCCACUUCUGUAGGCGAAAUUCAGUUGGAACUCGAAUCUCAAGCAGUUGGCAAACCUUCGCAUGAAAAUGUCCAACCAAACGUGGAUUUGUCGAUCGUGGCGUUUAGAAGGUCACCGUUUCCUGAAGUAAAUGAUACGUUGUAUUCUUCAUCUGAUGUGCUCAUGAUGUCUGCUAACGUGUCCUGUAACGUCACGACACAGACUAAGAACAAAAAUUUGCAUGAUCUUCACAAAAGCUACAUGUCCUUUGACUCUACUGAUGCUGCUUACCUGGAUUUCGGUGUCAAUUUACACGACUUAACUAUCGUUUAUUUAGACUUGGAAAAUGUUUCAGACGCAGAUUCAUUUGAGAUAUACGUAAAAGGAGGUAUUUUGCCGACAAAGACAAACUUCGAUGCUAGUUUCAAAGUUCGGAAAAAUCAGAAGAAUUACAGAAUUCCUGCUGAAAAGCUUUCACAUGCCAGAGGAUUUCUAAUGAUUGUAGCAAAAGAUAAAACACAAAGGCGACAUAAAAGAGAUGCCAACAUGAGUAGAUGUGGGAAAACCGCUAAAAGACGUGUGGGAGUUCAAGUUUUUUCUGCUGGAUGUCGGACAAGAUCAUUCAACACGUGGAUACCCGGGGAAUGCAAGGUUAGCUUCAAAUCUUCCAAGCAGUCCACAAUCUGUCAUUGUCCUCAUAAAGCGGGGGACAGAAGUUUCUUUAUUUCAACGUUCUACGUCCAGCCAAACCUUAUUGACUUCACGUCGAUCGAUCAUUUCAUCACUGACUUCGACGUAGAUAAUGCUGCUGUUUAUGGGGCUCUGAUUCUUCUGUUAUGUCUAUAUGUGGUUUUAGUUAUUGUACUAAGACGACAGGACCACAGGGAUACUCUAAAGUGGGUUCCCCAGUUCUUGUGUGACAAUGGUGAAAACGACGUCUGCUACCAUAUGAUCACUGUAUACACUGGCAUGCGAAGAGGAUCAGCCACCAUGUCAAAUGUCAAUUUCAUUAUCGUAGGGGAGGAAGAAGAUUCUGGGAUAAGAUUACUUAGUGGCAGUGACCAUAAUGGCUUUGACGCAGGAUCAGUUAGAAGAUUCAUCUUGGGUUCAUCCUUAAAAUAUGGGCGGUUAAAUUACCUCCGCAUAUGGCACGAUAACUCUGGUCAAGGCGACUUGAAGUCUUGGUUCCUAAACAAAAUUAUCGUAGAUGACCUUCAAACUAAAGAAAGAUUUAUUUUUCACUGUGGAAGAUGGUUGUCCCUUAACCACGAUGACGGUAAAACAGAGAGGGUUCUACCUGUCAGUACCACGAAGCACCUCAACAGCUUCAGCAAUCGGUUUUCAGAACACGCACAAUUCAAUCUAACUGAUAGCCAUCUCCUUGUAUCCACAAUCAUUCGCCCGGAGAGCAGCAACUUUUCCCGCGUGCAAAGAGUGUCCUGUUUUUUUGUUCUGUUGUUACUUUCCAUGAUAAGCCACGCUAUGUAUUUCAAGGACUCCACAGACGUGACUCCAAGUCAGGUCAAGAUUGGCAGCUUGAGCUUCUCCUUGAAAGACAUUUACGUAUCGAUGAUCGUAGUGUUAAUCACCACCCCUCCGGUUAUGUUAGCCUCCGUUGUUUUCAAAAAGUCAGCACAAAAGGUCAAUUACUUAGGCAAAGUCUUCCCAAGAAGAUUAUCAACAUCGUCACAAAAAUAUGCUUCAACCAAAUCUUUUGAACCACAUAAAAUGAAUUUAGUGUCCAUGUUUGAAACUGAAAAGCCAAUUUUUCCCGGCUGGACACUGUAUCUAGCUUGGGUUAUUUUGGUUUUGACAGCUCUUGCUUCUGCUUUCUUUUUGCUGUUGUACAGCCUCCAAUGGGGCAAAGCGAGGUCAACCAGGUGGAUUAUCAGCUUCUUGAUGUCUGUGCUGGAGUCUGUCUUAGUUGUCGACCCAGUAAAGGUUCUCUUUAUGGCAAUGAUGACAGCGCUUUUCCUGAAAAACAAGGAAACUCAGUACAAAUUGAGGGUGGAUCUCCGACAUCUCCGGCGGUUAGCAAGAGAAUUCUAUAACAAGAAUUAUGGAUCUCUGAACGUGCUGAGAAAACAAAUCCUGGGUCGACAAGAGCCAACUCUAGAUCAAGACGUUAAAAAAUUUAGAAACAGAAGACAACAGGAGAUGAACGCCAGGAGAGUGUUUAGAGAACUUCUGAUUUACUGCUUAUUUGCUUUCAUCGUUUUCAGUAUUAGUUACAUUCACAAGGAUCAGCGAUCAUUUUCAUUGAAGAACAAUAUAAAUAACAUGCUCAUUCAGGAUUCAAUGUCCAAAAAUAAAUUUUCAAAGCUUAACCAGACAAGUGACUACUAUAAUUGGCUGAAAGCUGCCGUGAUACCACAACUGUUUCCGUCACGUGACUGGAGUAACAGGACACUGCCCUCGUCUCCUUGGUUCGGGGACCUUGUCAACGUACGGGUUGGUGGUGUUAAACUCAGGCAGGUUAGGGUAUCAGACGAACCUUGCACGACCUCCUUUUUACAUAUUGUUCGACCAUGUGUGCAUGAGUAUCAAGACAAUAAGAUUGAAAUCCGAGACUUUGAUCCAAAAUGGAAUCCCCAAAGAAACAUGUCAUAUACCCCAAACAUGCUUAAUAAUGCAUGGACGUAUACGUCUGAUGAUGAGGGGUUGCAAAUCCCUGGGCACGUUCAUGUUUACGAGCCAGGGGGAUACAUGGUUUUAUUCCCGGAUAAUCAAAUGGAAACACUAGACUUAGUUAAUCAUUUGCUGGAAUAUCGAUGGUUGGAUAGACGGACUCGAGCAAUAUUUUUGGAAAUUAACUUAUACAAUCCGAAUAUCAACGUCUUUUCAUAUGUGAUGUUUAUCGCUGAAUUCUUGGAAACGGGCGGCAUUGUGCCGUGGUCUGACAUCUGGGUAUUCCGACCCAAUGAGUUUGCCGGAGCGAUGGGAACGUACGCGGGACUGUGCUACAUCCUCUUUCUUAUCUUCCUUGUUGGUGGGACAAUUUCACUCACGAGAAGGUUGAUAAAGAGAAGACUAGCAUUCCUAAAGGAUAUCUGGAACACGGUAGACCUGGCUUGCAUUCUUCUAAGCUAUACAGGCGUCGUCAUUUUUUCCAUCCGUUUGUCAAAAGCCAAUGAGACAAUGGCAAAAUUUAAUUAUAAUCAAUCAAAGUUUAUAAGUUUUCAAUCGGUUUUUCUUUGGGACUUCGCAUUUAACUGUAUUAUCGGUAUCUUGACCUUCAUAACAACAUUGAGAACUCUCAAGAUUCUUGGAUACAACCGAAGAUUGACCGAAAUUUUUCGGGUUAUUACCACAGCUGCCAUGGACCUGAUAGGAUUUGGUUUCGUCUUUAUCAUUAUAUACACUGCAUAUGUCUUGUUUGGAUUUUUGAUUUUUGGAAAAACCUUGAACGAUUAUAGUACCGUGUUUAGGUCAUUUGGAACAUUGACAAAUUCAUUGAUAGGUAAAAACCGUCUGGAUAUGAUGAUUCACGUAGCACCAGAAGCUGCCUCCUUCUUCUACUUUACAUACUCUGUUUGUGUCAUAUUUACCCUGCUCACUACGUUUUCGGCGAUUCUAAACUACAGCAUCAAGCGGGUUCGUCAACAAUCGAAGAAUAAUCCCGAGGCUUUUGGAAUAGUCGACAUUCUCGGAUCUAGCAUAAGUGAUAUAUUUGGAAUUGCAGCAACACUAAAACAAAAUAGAAAUGCCGAAAAAACAAAUCUGACAGCCAGGAGACAUAACAUUCAAGAAGAAAUCAACGUUAUUGGAGUUAUUCGACUUCUACGGGACAUAAUUGUCAAGUGCAUGGGUGAUGCUUUCGUGAACGCAAAACAAGAUUCGUCAUUUAAAAAGAUAAGAAUCCCUUUCAGUCCAACAAUACGAAAUUCCUUACGUAAACAGACAGCCCGUAAUAGUGUCAACAGACUUGAAAGAAUCGGGACAGGCAAUUUUGACGUCAAUAUGCCUGAGAGAAUCGGGACAGCCAAUUAUGAUGUCAACAGGUUGAAGAGAAUUGGGACGCUGAAGGACAUAGAACUGUCGAUCGAUCCUAGGCAAGACAGUUUUGUCAAACGAAGAAUUCAUUACUUGUAAAUGUCUUUUAUGUUUUUAUUGUAGCGGAUUUUCUACUGUAAAAUAUAUAUAUAUAGUUGUUCAUCUUGAUUGUUUUAAGGUUUAUUUUUUAAGAAUGUUUCCGUCUUGCUGGAAUGUUUCUUUUUUUCCUCCUAAUUAGAAGGGGGGGGUUUGCAUUAUUAGAAUUUUGUGACGUGAUAACUCAUAAACAUGUACAUGUAGUAGAGCUCGCGAUAUGGUACUAGAAUGCACUUACUUUCCAUGUCGAAUGCUUUUUGCUAGUUGAUUGCCGUGUCCUUGGAAGACGGUAUGAAGAGUUGAAAUAAUUUACAGUCUUCCUCUUCUUUGUGUUGGUAGAAAAUACAUGAUAUGAAAAUUUACAUUUAUUUCAUUGGUUAAAAUUAUGUUCGGCGCAAGGGAGAUAAUUUUCUGAUGAUCCUUUUCACGUACGACUAACAAAUUUCGUAGAUUUCAAAUCUUAAAAAGUGAGAAAACAAAAAGUUAAUACAAAUUGCUAUGAAUGAAAUUCAGCCUUUGAUAUUCAGGUCCAACUAGUUGAAAGCAAUAUUCUAUAAUAUCUAUUGAAAUUUUCUGUAUUUCAUUUAUUAUUUUUAUUCAAAUACAAAAAUGUAAAUAACAAAUUGAUGCAGUAUGGCUAAUAUUGGUAAGUUGUUUGCACCAUAGAUACUAGGUAAAAUUACAUGUAAUAUUUGUUUAGAAAAUGCUGAAUGCAGCGGUAUAACUUUGAUUUUAUCAAUAUCAUACGGGUUUAAGACCCUUCCUAAGAUCUCUUUUACCCUACUGUAGUCGAUAUCAACUUACAAGCUCAGGUACGCAUUUCUCAAUUUUAGACACACAGGCUUAAAAGACAUAUAAUGACAUAAAAAUGCUCCACACGCCAUGGUGCGUGUAUGUAGAGAAAAGUGACAUUUAUAUAUUAAAAAAUUAAAUUUUCCUUGAUAAUUGAUUGCUGUUUAGGGUUCGCUCUUUAGACGGUAGGCUUUUUUAAAAAGCUUAACUUGUUUUAAUCAACUCUCCUAUGCAGUUACUCUGGCAAACCGGAAGUGAAACAGUGUUUGGACCUAAGCACAAAUCAAUUCCGCCGACAACUCUAAGUUCUUGAAAAAAAAACCCGAUAAAUUCGAUGCAAGAUCUUCUAGAUCUGAAACAUUGUUUUUCAAGAAAACUUUUUCUAUAAAUACCUUGAUAAUCGUCAGAUUUUAAAUCGUACAAACAAUUUGUAUAUUUUUUAGUUGUAAGUAUUCCUACGCUUGAGUUAAAUAGAUAUAGUUUCUUUCAACCAGACGCUCGGCUGUCUCCAUAAAUCUCCGACAAGCAUAGGGUCUCUCUUGCUUGUCGGAGAUUAACGGAGACAGCCGAGUGUAAGGCUGAAUGAGGCUAGAUUUCAAUAUUGCUUGGAUCCAUAUAAUUUCUCCGAAAUAUUUCGAUUACUGAUGGAAUUGAUUAUAUAUACUUCACAACAUGAUACAUAGGUUUUCUCAAAAUUCUUUGUCGGAAAAGUCCGAUACUUCAUAUAAAAAAUUUGUUCAAAUACUUAUAAGAAAAUACUUGCCAUGCAAAAUAAAUUAUCGUUGAUUUUAAAAUAAAUAAUAUUCGAUAAAAUCAACUUCCGUCAGUUCUUAAUUUCUUUGAUUUAACUAUACA